GGCGGCCGGGACAGUGAUCUGGUCGGGAGGGAUCGACUGGAGGAGGGUGGAGGGCUUGCGGCCAGCGCCCCAGUGCUCAGUCCUCAGCGGGGGAGGGAGCCGUCUGCAGGACCCUGGCAUCCGGUCCCCCAGCCUCCGCCCUCCCCUGGGACCCCGCGGCCUCCCGCCCACGGCUUUUCCCAGCCCUGCCCCUAGCCCUCGGCUCCAGCCAGAACUCAAAUGUUCCCAGGAUGCCUGAUUCUCCGACUCCAGGCCGACGGGACUCCUAGCUUCUGCGACUUGCUCUUUUCAUUCUUUGUCUCAACCUUUCCAUCUUCUCAAGGUUCUCUCCUUAUCCCCCUUUUCCUGUCACUUUGCCUGUCUUCCCCAUUAGUUCCUCCCAAGGGGCCCCUCCCUUCUAAUUCCCAGAGCCCCAUAUGUGAGUGUGGAAGGCCAGGAGGCCUGUGGGGUCCUGUACCCAAGAAGGGGGUCUUUCCGCAGGUUGCUGCUGCAGUGCUGCUGAGCCAUGCCUGAGGGAGCCCGCGGACUGAGCCUGUCCAAACCCGGCCCCAGCCCCAGCCCUGGGUGCAGUCACAGAGGUCAAGCCUGUGAGUGCCCAGCUGUGGGUGAGACCCCGACAGCAGCCCCUGCAGCCCCCGCCAUGGCUUCCCCUCGAGGUUCUGGGAGUUCCACAUCCCUGAGCACUGUGGGCUCUGAGGGAGACCUGGCUCCAGGGCCCGGCCCAGCCUCCUCAGCCUCCAGGCCAGAGCCCCUGCCAGGUCCCCCCAUUCGCCUGCAUCUGUCACCUGUUGAGGUCUCUGGUUCGGCAAAACCCUCGCGGCUGGAGCGUGUGGCCCGUGAGAUUGUGGAGACAGAGCGGGCCUAUGUCCGGGACUUACGCAGCAUUGUGGAGGACUACCUAGGUCCCUUGAUGGAUGGUGGGGUCCUGGGGCUGAGCAUGGAGCAGGUGGGCACCCUGUUUGCCAACAUUGAGGACAUCUAUGAGUUCAGCAGUGAGCUCCUGGAGGACUUGGAGGGCAGCCGCAGUGCAGGGGAUAUUGCUGAGUGCUUCGUGCAGAGGAGUGAAGACUUUGACAUCUACACGUUGUACUGCAUGAACUACCCCAGCUCCCUGGCCCUGCUCCGGGAGCUCUCGCUGUCUCCACCAGCAUCCCUGUGGCUGCAGGAGCGCCAGGCCCAGCUUCGUCACUCACUGCCCCUGCAGAGCUUCUUGCUGAAACCCGUUCAGCGCAUCCUCAAGUACCAUCUGCUGUUACAGGAGCUAGGCAAGCACUGGGCAGAGGGCCCUGGUGCCGGAGGCCGAGAGAUGGUAGAAGAAGCUAUUGUGUCCAUGACAGCGGUCGCCUGGUACAUCAAUGACAUGAAGCGCAAGCAGGAGCAUGCAGCGCGCCUCCAGGAAGUGCAGCGGCGGCUGGGCGGCUGGACUGGCCCGGAGCUCAGUGCUUUCGGGGAGCUGGUGCUGGAGGGCGCCUUCCGAGGUGGUGGAGGGGGUGGCCCCCGGCUGCGAGGGGGUGAGCGGCUGCUCUUCCUGUUCUCACGGAUGCUGCUUGUGGCCAAGCGCCGGGGGCCAGAAUACAUCUACAAGGGCCACAUCUUCUGCUGCAACCUGAGUGUGAGUGAGAGUUCUCGAGACCCUCUAGGGUUCAAGGUGUCCGAUCUGACCAUUCCCAAGCACAGGCACCUGCUCCAGGUGAGCAUAGGGGUGGGUUGGGCUGCAGGGUUCCCCCCAGACCUCACUCCUGGCUUCCUGACUCUAUCCCACCAUCAGGCUAAGAACCAAGAAGAGAAGAGGCUGUGGAUUCACUGUCUCCAGCGCCUCUUCUUUGAGAACCACCCUGCCUCCAUUCCUGCCAAGGCAAGACAAGUUCUCCUGGAGAACAGCCUGCACAGUGCUCUGAAAAGUAAGACUGUCCCAGAGCCCCUUACACCCCCACUCGGGUCUCCCCAACCUCGGGAUGCUGGAAAUUUCACCCCUGGCCGAAGGAAUACAGCUCCAUCCCCAGGGCUCUCUGCUGCUCGUCGUGGCCGCAGGCAGUCUGAGCCAAUGAAGGAUCCGUAUGUCAUGUUUCCACAGAACGAUAAGCCUGGAUUCAAGCAUGCUGGCAGCGAAGGGGAGCUGUAUCCCCCCUCAGAAUCGCAGCCAACAGUCCCAGCUUCUGGACCCCCUGAAGACCUGGAGGAUGCUGGGCCCCCUUCACUGGACCCCUCUGGAACCUCAAUCACUGAAGAAAUCUUGGAACUGCUAAACCAGAGAGGCCUCCGGGAUCCUGGGCCAGCAAUCCACGACAGUCCCAAGUUCCCCAGAGACUCCCAGGUGCCAGGCGACAGCAAACCGCUCACAUUCCAAGCCCUGCCCAGCCGGGACUCUUCAGAAGAGGAGGAGGAAGAGGAAGAGCUGGAGAUGGAUGAACGGGAACCUUCUCCACUCCACGUCUUAGAGGGGCUUGAAAGUCCCAGUGCAGCUGAAAUUCCCGACAUUCCCAGUCUUACUAAGAUUCCUGACAUACCUAGCCUCCCCGAAAUUCCCGAAGUUCCCUGCCUUCCUGGUCUCUCUGACAUUCCCAGUGUUUUUGAAAUGCCCUGCCUUCCAUCCAUUCCCAGUGUGCCUGACGUUCCCAGUCUCCCCAGCGCUCCUGCUCCCUGUGACUCCUGGCUCCCAUGCCCUCUGCAGGAGCCGGCCGAGGCCUUAGCCCUCAGGAGAGAACUGUUCCCUAGAAGCAACCCUGGGGAGCUGGGAGAGCCUCCCUCAGAAAGCAGGGCAGGACAGGAGCAGGAAGGAGAAGGGAUAUCAUUCCCAGAUUUCCAGCCCCAGGAUGUCACCCAAGCUCAGGGAUUCCCAGAUGAGCUGGAAUUUCGCUCUUGCUCAGAAAUCCGAAGUGCAUGGCAGGCAUUGGAGCAGGGGCAGCUGGCCCGGCCAGGCUUCCCAGAGCCACUGCUGAUCCUGGAGGAUUCGGAUCUGGGUGGAGGCAGCAGGAGUGGGAAGGCAGGAGCCCCGCACUCAGAGCGGGCAGCGUCCCGAGUGCGAGAGCUGGCCCGGCUUUACAGUGAGCGGAUCCAACAGAUGCAGCGGGCUGAGACGCGGGCAUCAGCCAAUGCCCCCCGCCGCCGGCCACGGGUCCUGGCCCAACCUCAUCCAUCCCCAUGCCUGCUCCAGGAGCAGGUCAAGCCAGGGCCCAGGCCUGCCUUUGGACAUGUGCUGGUAUGUGAACUGGCCUUCCCACUGACGUGUGCCCAGGAAUCUGUCCCCCUGGGCCCUGCUGCCAGGGUUCAGGCGGCCGCACCUUUAUCUAGACUGGGAGGCCACCUGGAUGGCCAGAGUCUAAAUGUUUCAGAUUUGCCUGAGCAAGGCCAUCUGGGCAUUCAUGCUCCCGCUGUUGCCCCUUUACUUGGGCAAGGAAGCCUCCAGAAUGUCCCGGCUCCAGCUGCAUCACCUUUGCAGAAGCAAGAAGGCCCUCCAGCCAUCCAGGCCCCAGCUGUUCCAGCUGUGUCUGAUCAAGGCCACCUGGAAAUCCAAGUUCCAGCUACCACUUCUUUGCCUGUACAGAGAAACCAUGUGGAUACUCAGGUUCCUUCCGCCACCUGCCUUCCUGAGCAAGAGCGCCAUGUGAACGUCCAGAUUCCAACCAGCACAGCAUGGCCCCAGCACAGAAGUUGCUCUGAUGUCAUGGUUUUAGCCAGCACCCCUUUGCCCAGGCAAGAAGGCCACCUGGAUAGCCAGAACCCCACCAGCAUCCUCAGAACUGAACAGGGAAGUGCCAGGGCUGAUCAGGGCUCAGCCAGUGUCUGUGUCCAAGCUGUCAACCUUUUGCUGACACAUGAGAACAGCUUGGACCAUCAGAUUCCAGCCAGCACGCCACUUGCUUCAUCACGUCACCUCCCAGACACUCAGGUUCCAGGUACCUCACCUUUGCCUGCACAUGGAGGCCCCCUGGACCAUCUGCUUCCUGCCAGUGCUCCACUGUCUUUACUCCAAGAACCCCCAGACAUUCAGGUUCCAGCCGCCCCCCCCUCGCCCCAGCCACAAGGCCUCGGAAACACCAGGGACACCGGGAACCAGGCCCUCCCCCCUUCGCUCAAGCAGGCAGGCCUUGGGGACACCCAGGCUCCAGCUGCUUCCCCACUGCUUCCAGAGCACAGCCUUGUGGACACACAGGCCCCCAAACUUACCCCUUUGUUGGGGCAGCAGAACCCCGUGAACAUCCCUGUUCCGGCUCCCACGCCUUUACCUGAGCAAGGAAGCUCUCGGAACGUUCAGAGCCUGGUGCCCACCCCGGUUCAGACCACCAUGGUUUUAUCCAAACCAGGAGACCCUUCCAUGUCUCCGGUUUCCAGGUCAGAGUCUUCAGACUGCACCCCUCCCCACAGCCCCCCGCGCCCCACACGGCAGCUCCUGGGCCCCAAUGCAGCUGCCCUCUCUAGAUAUCUGGCUGCCUCAUACAUCAGCCAGAGCCUGGCUCGGCGGCAGGGGCCUGGAGGAGAGGCCCCUGCAGGCACCCGGGGUCCCUGGUCUUCCUCUGCCCCCACUUCCAGGGCACCUUCGCCGCCACCCCAGCCCCAGCCCCCACCGCCCCCAGCCAGGCGGCUCAGUUAUGCCACCACUGUCAGCAUCCAGGUGGGGGGUGGGGGCCGGCUGCGGCCAGCCAAGGCCCAGGUCAGGUUGAACCACCCUGCUCUGCUGGCCCCUACCCAGGAGCCUGUGGGCCUUCGAAGGGCCCAGGGGACUCCUGAUGCCCCUUUCCACACAUGAGCCAUAUCAGACCACCUAAAUGGCGUUUGACCAGAUGCCAUGUGCUCUCAGGACCCCACCUGGAAGUUCCGACACAGGUCUACAAAUGGCUGCAGCUGCAUACCUGGGAUCUGCUUUCAUAAACGUCCCUUGCCUUGCUACAGCAGGGGUAGGGAAGGAGAUGUCAUUAAUAUUUUGUUAAUUAACAUGAAAUUAUGUGUGUUUUCCGGUUUUGGACGUGGUGGGGGAUAAUAGGACCUGAUGAAUGGGAAGUGACACACAAGCCUGUGACUGGCGUACCUCUUCCAAUUCAUGAGCCUACCUGUGGGACCUGCUUAUCCAACUAUUUCUACCCUCCUCAUCCUUGCACCCAACCGUAACCCAACCCAUGUCGCAUUCCAUUCCUCCCUCAGGCCACCUGCCAUCUCCCCUCCAUCCUAACAACAUCCAUCCAUCCACAUUUUCACCCUGACUCCAUACACCUCGCUCAGCCAUCUCCAGAUCCAUCAGCUGACCCAUCCGUUCCUCCCUAAUUAGGUUCUUCUGGGUCUUGUUACCACAAAACUUCAGAGAUGUGCCAGAACCAGGGCAGAUAAGGUUUGGGUUCUAGCAACAGUGUCCCACAUCUGUUUGGUUUCUCUUAGCAACAACCCUCCCCAGUAUGAAUAUCCCAAUUCUUUUGCUCCCCCUCACUUGGGACCUCCACAGUUCUUCAACAGGCCCAUGUGGGAGGAGGCUCCCACAAAAUAAUUCAGAUUGUGAAAACAGAAGGCUUUUUAUGGCAGAGCCCUUCUCCCCCUCCUUCCUACAGUGGUAUGCCCAGUGAGAAGCCUAAUCUACACAGCUUGUGUGAAGAGAAUACCAGCUUCUUUCAUCAAACACA